AUGCAAAUGUCUCAGCAGAAAAUUGUGAAGGAGAAGGUGAUGGACUUUAUAGAGGAUUGUGCGUGCCGUCUCAAUCUACUGACGCAAGUAAACGACUGGUUGUGGAAAGAUCACAAACUGAUUACAUUUGAUAACGCAGAGAAAGGCGAGGAAGAAGAGGAUGAUUUUGAUGAAGAAUACAACAUGGAAGAGCAUGAGGAGAAUUAUAUCCAAGUGACGGAUGCGCUGAAUCAUUAUGAUGAAACCGUGACAAAGUUCUUGGAUAUGCUUCAUCAGCUUAUAAAUAAAACGGGCUUAUUUCACGGAGGUGGGCGUAAAACUGUGAAAGUUCAAGUGUUUGAAGAGUCUGCAUUGCUGAAGUCAAACGAAAAGUGGAAUGCUGCCAUCAACAAUGUUGGUGCUGUGUUUGAGGAUGCAAUUCGAUGGUUUAAAAAUCCAGCAUACAAAAACGCUCUACGCACUGGAUUUCGUCAGUAUCGACACCUGAUGCAGGCAGUGAUGAAGAAAAAUGCAACGCACCUCCAGACGAAGAAAGUACUCACAGAUCUGAAGAAGAGAAUUGAAAACAGCAAGUCUGUGAAAGAGAGACUAGAGAAAGAGGCCACUGAAAUGCAAAGACGAAUGAUAGAUCUGACGAAACAGGUGUCGGAACUGAAGGGAACAGAUGAGGAGGCUGAAGGCUCCAGUUUGAUGAAGAAAAAAGCCAAAGAACUUGAGGAGAAAUGGAAACUCAAAGAGAAAGAAGUUAACGGCCUGGAGACAAAGAUUAAUGAGUUGCAGAGUGAGCUGGAAAGAAUACAGAAUUCCCCACAACAACAAACGGGCCAAAUUCGCACAGUACGGGCCUGGGAUCAGUAUGGUCAGGGAAGAAAGGGCAGAGGUGCUCGGGGUGUUGUGCCAGCACAUCAAGGUCGUCCAAGACUUGGGUCACAAGAUCAGGUAGAGGCCUAUGAUCCCCAAAAAGUUGGCGGGCAGUAUGAGGAAUCCCCAGAUUCCCAGUAUGAAUCCCCGGUGGUGCAGGCGGGACAGCAUCCUUACACCCCUCAGUUCCCAGUGGAUCAAAGCAGAGGUGCGAGUCAGCAGGGAUUGGUCGAUCAACAAGCAGGGUUUGAUCAAAAAGGAAUGUACGGACAACAAGGAAUGUACGGACAACAAGGAAUGUACGGGCAACAAGGAUACCUGGAUCCGUAUGAUCAGUCUAUGGAUCAGACGUCCAGAUACGAUUUUCAGACGUCUCAGUACAACUUCCAGGUCUUCUCUGGAGACUAUGUUGAAGAGGACGAACAAGAUGAUGGUAUACUAAUAGGAGAAUUUGGUGCUUUUUCAAAUGCUCUAAGAGACGUACGACAUGAUCAGAGUGAAAUGUCGCCUGCCAGUCAGUACUUAGGGAAAAUGUAUCCCGCAGGGGGAAUGGGCUUAGCAGCACCCAGUCCGAUGUUUGCUGGUUCUCAGAAAGAGAGAGAGGCAAGAAAGAAAGAAAUGCAGAUGAAUGCUGAUGCAAACGCUUGGCUUGAGAAAUCUGCAGAACCUCCCGCUGACGGGGACUCAACUACUUACUACAAAAACCUGGUGGCAGGUCUGAAGACAGCAUUAGCCACUCAGCUGGCCAGGAACCAGGAGCUCGCUCUGUAUGGAAGAACAAGCGCUGUGCCUGGUGAUAAGAAUGAGAGAGUUCCUAGCUUGCCAAGCAUUCAGAGGGAGGCUAUCCAUGUUUUGCAAACAAUGCAACAUUUUUCCAACAGAGUUUUGCAGAUCUUGCGACGAGAAAAUUUGCAUGACAGUGCGAUAAAUUUGCAGAAGUUUGCAGGCAUUGUUACCCCUCAGUUGUCCUCAAAUCCUCAAAAGAUUCUCCCUCAGAUGUCUGUAAAAGUCGCAGAUUUUGCAGAUGGUGUAGCAAAAGUGUUGUCACAAGCAUUCGUGUCAAUGCGAUUAAGAAUUGACAUCCCGGAAGUUGACAUGGGACCAGCCACAAAUGUCAAAGCUCUGACGAUGGAACUUGAUAAUAUUGAGCAAGCCAAAAGACAAGUCAUAGAUGUAACAUAUUCGAUGGGAAGGGUUCGCAAUCAUUUGAAAGGGUCUGGUGUUCGUAAACUUCAGCACGAAAUGAGUCUGAAUGCACAGAAAAUGAUUUUCAAGGUAGGAAUGGAGUCGUCACUUUCAUAA